CCAGUUACGACACCCAAUUCUUACUCGAAAAAUCGUUCCAAAUAUUCCGACUGAGAUUAUCCGACAAUUGAAAUCGUAUGGACCAAAAUAUUGAUCAGUUCCUGAAUUACGUUGCAGCACCCCAUCGUCUGGAUCUUGCCGAGCCACCUAAAAUCAUGUACGACUCAUCGCGCACCAAGCCGGUGCAGGUAGCAUCCGCUUCCACCUCUGCAAGGCCGCAAUCUACUCUGUCGCCUGAACUGCUCAAGAAGUACCAAAAGUUCCAGGCACCGAACAAUAUCCCAGUACAUCUGAAAGGAGGACCAAUGGACAAAAUUCUUCUUGGAACAACAGUGGUCUUGAUCGGCAUUGGAUUGAUACAAGCUGGUGAUCUGAUCUACAAACUCGGCUUUCCAAAGAAAUAAUUCGUCGACUUUGUGUCAUGUCAAUGUUCGAAACUAUAGACCUGUAUAGCGUAUUAUUAUCAAUAUUAUUAUGUCGCCUGUGUGACUAGUGCACAUAGGCACUUAAUUUUGUAAAAAUAAACAUUCGAAAUCCUGUGAAGAUAAUCGUUGAACGAAAA